GUUUUAAAGAUGAGUGAUUAUAAUACGGAAGAAGUGACUCAUAAUGAUGGGGAUAUAUUGAGUUAUGGUGUGAAAAUAACAUUUAUUGUAAUGGAAGUUAUAAUAGCAAUUUUAGCCGUGACUGGUAAUUUAGCUGUGAUUAUUGCAUUCAUUAAAGAGCCCAAAUUGAGACGACAGACGAAUUAUUACAUUAUUUCACUAGUUGGUGCUGACUUCUUAGUUGGAGCAAUUGGAAUUCCACUAGGAAUUAUAAUACCUUUUACAGAUUUACCACUGAGUGGCGUAUCAUUUUGUCCAGCACGAAUUGCACUGUUAAUUUCAUUUUGCAACAUAUCAAUUCUGAGUUUAGUGGUCAUUUCUAUCAAACGUUUUAUAAUUUUGCAGUCAGCAAAUGAACCUCAAAACGAUAAUAUGUCUACAAAAAUCUUCUUUAGAGACAUAAGUCUUUGCUGGAUUGUUGGAAUUGUCGUGGGUUUUAUUCCAAUCUUUGCGCAUCAGGAGCCAAUCAGAAGAUCAUGCAUGCUCAACGAUGUCCUUGGCAAAUAUCUAGUUGUACUAAGAUUUAUAUUCUUGAUUGUGGUUCCUGUCUUCAUGUUGAGCUUCAUUUACUUUAAAAUAUAUCGAAUUAUUCGGAGUCAGAUAAAAAGUGAGCGAACCUUAAAAGGUUCAAAAUGUAAUGAACUAAAACUCAUGAGGAGAGAAGUCAGAGCAACCAGAACAAUUUCAUUAAUUGUCUUAAUAUUCAUGUUUUCAUGGAUUCCAGUGCACAUUGUCUACAUUCUUCCAGUCAUAACAGGCACAAGUGUCAAUAAAAAUAUUUUGGCAUUUGUCGUUAAUCUUGCACAUUCAAAUUCAGCAAUAAAUCCGUUCUUAUACGCUUAUCAUAUGAAGGACAUAAGACAUGCGAUCAUAAAACGAUUUGCUAUUAGCAGUGUAAGCACGUCAGUCCCUAAUUCAUAUGUGAAUUCGUAAAGAAACAUCUAUUAUUGUGUGGUCGAGAUAAGCACAAGUUGACUAUUUAUAACUAGAUAAUACUGAAUCAUUGACAAAAACAAGAACACAUUAACUCAUUUAUUAUUCUAGUUUUAAGAUUCAUGAAUAGUUUGUAUUUAUUAUGCAUUUAUCAUGAAAAUCUUGUG